UAUUCCCUAAGUAUUGUACGGAUCUCAUUCACUAAUAAUACGAGUCUUAGCAGUUUUACUACUACUGGAAAGAACCCAUCAUUCUUGCCGCUCUCGCUUUUCAAAUCCAAGCUUUUGGCUAUCUGACUCUAGGGUUUCUCUCUCGUACGGUUCAGAAAUGGAGCCUGUAGCUUUGGCAGUGGACAAGCUGAAAGCUUUUGCGAAAUCGAGCCAAGACUUCGUCGAUGGCCUCAUUCACCGCCGUGACGACUCCGCUCGCCGCAAUCCGAUUGAAAUCCUAAAGCGGUUGCAACGGGAGUCAUUUACAGAUGUGAUGAAACUGAGGGACAGGCAAGACAAGUUUGAGAGAGUACUUUCUUUCUAUAAAACAACCAAGGGAAGUCCAUUCCAAGAAGCCAGUACCCAUGUAAGAGGAGAGGUUGAUCUCUUGGGGGCUUUGUUGGUGAUGGAUGAUGUUGAUGAGAAGAACUGCGAUGCACUUUGUAGAGCUGGAAUCAGGACUGGAAUUGAUUCAAGAUUCACUUUUGAAACAACUAUUAGUCAGAAAGAUACUCUUGCUGCAGAGUUUGUGGCCAGUCAGAAAGGCAAAGGAUUUCUUGGUGAUGUUUCAGGACAUUCACUUUUUCUAGAAAAAGUGUCAUAUAAGGUAAAUGCUAGUGACUGGUUAUCUAUGGUUGCAAUCCCAGUUGGAGCUCAAUGCAGGGAUGUCGCAAUCACUACAAUUUCUUCCCAUCAGGCAAAGGGACUGACCCAAUUUUCAUCGCAUGGACCUCCCCUUCUGAAUCAGCAUAGUGGUAGUGGCAUUGGCUUAACGGUAAGAAAAUCAAAUGUUGUUGCUUCAUUGGCUCAAUUCGUUUCUGGAUUGGGAAUGCAACCAGGUUCUGAUAGUACGGGACACUGCUUCAGCACUUUUGGCCAAGUUGUCUGUCAACUUCCCCGAGGAGUAAAACUCUCACUUUUGGGUCUUCAUCAAGUGCCCAAAUCAUUAAGCCGACAUGUUAGUCUUGGACCCCUUACCAUUCCAGUACGCCGUUUUAAACAUCAUAGGACUCCUGAGACAGUGGUUGAAGCAUCUACUCCAUCCAUGGGAGCAAGCACUCUGGAAAAUGUCUCAGCUGGAUCUGUUGCUUUAAUGCUGGAAUCAGAACUUGAUGAGAUUACAAGAAUUGAAGGUUGGAUUGAAAUGCAUAAAUCAAACCCUAAACAAUUACAAUGGGCUGUUACUGUGUCUGAUGAUUCUGAAGAUUAUUUGGGAUGGGGACUUAGUUUAAGCGGAAUGAUUGGAGAUCCCACAAACAGGGACCGUUUGCAAGCUGAAUCCUAUUUAAAACUUAACUUAGGUAAGAAAUUCAGCUUGAAGCCAGGUCUGACAUAUGUAGCAGAUGGGAAUGCCAGGUUAACUGCCUUUAUGCUUCGGUCUAAUUGGUCCCUCUGAUGACCAUCUUCGGCGUAUUUAUAAUUUUCUGAAUCUUGUGGAAGCUCCACUCUAUAUGCAAUGUCAUCACUUUUCUCACAGGUAUC